AUGAAAAUUUAAUCAAAACAAACUUAAUUCAUUAAAGUUAAAUCAUUGAAAAUUUAGAACAAUAAUUAGAAAUGGAGACCUAAAAGAGCCAGAGUUGAUAGAUUGAAAGCGUUCACUUCUAAUUAUAAGAAUUUUGCUGCUUUUACACUCAUAUUGCACAAAAGAAAUAACAAUUUUGAAUAAUAUGAAUAUAAUUUGACUUACACUGACAAAAUCUUGGAUUUCUUGUACUAAGAAAGGCUAGAUUUAUUUAAAAGAUUGAAUGAGGACAAUUAUUUAAGAGUCUUUGUAGGACCAAUUCAAACUCAAGUUCAUCUCUUGAUUAAAGGAAGUAUAAGUCAAGAUCUAUUAAUGCUUAGUACUAGGUUGCUAAAAAUAAUAAACUUAAUGAUUUAAAAUACAAUCGUUUGCUCUUUACAUAUUCAACCUUUCAUGAAAAUCGAAGCUUAUGGUCCUUAUUUGAUUUUGAUUAAUCCAUAGACACACCCAAACUUGUUAUUACAGAAAACAACUUUAAAAAUACAUUUGCUAAUCUAAAACUCUGAAUCAUUGACUAUUCAAAAAUUUAUCGAUGACUUUGGAAAUAAAAAUCUAAAAGAAUUUUAUAAAUCUGAGCCUAUACCUGAAUACACAGAAAAUAAAGAUAUAUAUAAUAUAUUUGGACAAACUAUUUUCAUACGAAGUUCUCAAUAAAAGAAAGAAUUUUUUUAAUUAUUAUUUUGGGAUUCAAAAAACUAAGAGUUGUUUUGA